AUGCCACAAAGUCACGCGCCGAAACGUAAGGCAGUGGAGAGUCCACAACACAUACGCAAGAAGCCUCGCGUAGAUGGACCUGCGACGGAAUUCAGGACUGUUAGUGCAUCGGUCGUCCUUUCACUUCCGCCGGUGUUUGCGGCGAGGUAUCGGGAGGGAGCAGAGGAGAUGUUGGAUUCGAUGGUCAUGAGGUAUCAGCCGGCAUUGGGAGGGGUAGUGCUUGCACAUCAAAACCUUCGAUUCUUGUCCUCCGCCGGUCGAAUAAAGUCGGACAAUCCAUUUGCUGUCGUCAAUGUUGGCUUUGAUGCCACGGUUUGGAGACCUGAAAUUGGGAUGCGAUUGACGGGUAACGUGAGCUUAAGCUCUCCGGACCACGUCUCGCUACUCGUACAUCGCACUUUCAACGUCUCAAUACCGCGCCAUCACAUACCUACGGAAAACUGGGAGUUCGAGUAUGGUCCUGCGGAGAAUGACCCGGAGUACGGCACGAAGCCUGAAGGCGAGGCUCCAGUCGAGGGUCAGGAAGGCGAAGAGCCCGCAGACCGAGGGCAGUGGAUACACAGCGUCACUGCUGAACCUCUCGGCGGUCGUAAGGGGCGACUUGAAUUCACAGUGGUCGGAUUGACGAUUGCCAACAACAUGCUCUCAUUGGUUGGAUCCUUACAGCCCGAUCCAUUCUCCCCGCGUCACGUUCCUCAACCCGCAGCACUGUCCACAGCGCCAGUGGCCGUCUCGGAUGACGAAGAUGAUGAACCAGACGAGGCCGAGGAGAAGGCAGAAAGCGGUAGCGAUGAUGAGGACGAUGAGGCGGCGGCUGUGGCUGCAGCAGCGAGAGCCGAAGCAGAACGCAAAGAGGCGAAACGCAGGAGAAAAGAAGAGAAGGCGAAAGAGCGGGAAGAGGAAGAGGCGAAGACGGCGAAGACUACCAAGCGUAAGAAGACCACUUGA